AUGGCGUCUUCCUUUCUAGAAGACCUAUUCGAGAAAGAAGUAGAUGAGAAGGAGGUCAGUGCGAUGGUGGGAUCGCUGGAAAGCCAGCUGGCAUCGACAGCGAUCCCUAGAUCUCAUCAUAAUGAAGUUAAAGCAACGGUUCCAGUCUCCAAAACUAGUCCUAAACAAAGCAUCAUGACUAGUAAAACCCCAAAUCAAUCGACCCCGAUUCAAAGCCAAGCGGUGGCUGCCGUUCGUCCAGGGAUUUCCUCAUCGCCAGUGCUAAAUGCGGGUGGUAGCACAUCUAUUUCUACUGUUGUGAAUAUUGCUCCUCGACCGACGGUUACAACUGCCGUUCCGUUAGCUCCACGACCGGCAACUAUGGCUGUUCUUACUCCAAACUCUGGUUUUACGGGAGCCCCUCAAUUCGUGACCACUAUGAUCAAUGCCGAUCUGGUUAACCGGAACAUAAAUUUGAUUCCUCAGCAAAUCGCUUUAGCACCAAGGGCUGUCACAAGUAAUGUGACUGUCCAAGGCAAUCCUCAAAUAAUCUCCGGGCCUCGAAUUAUUCCGCAAAUUCAACCACGAGUUACCAACAUGACAGUAGGGACAGUAGGCAAUCUAAGGCCUCAAAUUGUACUACAGCAGCAACCGGGAAGCACCGUAAUUCAACCCGACAAGAAAAUCAACAUCGUACCCGUACAAACUCAAAUUCGCCCUGUACCAGCGAGUGUAAGUGUAUCACAGAAUACAGGAAUAAGAACUACUUUAACCCCCAUCCGACCUCAAAUAAGCUCAAUACCAGGUGCAAUUACUUAUAGAAUGCCAGUAAGCCAGAUUGCUGUUGCAACAACAAACUCUGUUGCUGGUACUGUAUCUGGUUCUGUGACUAAAACUUCGAACACUUCUAAUGCAGCAAAUGUUGGUUUGCCUGUUAGUAAACCUGUCACAAAUAAUGCUAAUUCCAAUCAUUCCAAGUCGCCACAAACUUCUACUACACCACCAGUCAGUGCAGCCAAUGCAACAAUUAUUGAACAAGUAAAAGAUCAAGCCCAUAAGCUUAAAAACUUCUUCAAUAACUUGAUAAGGCUUGCAUCUGAUCAAAAAUCGCCAGAUGUUGGUAAGACUGUAAAAGAAUUGGUGCAAGGUGUUCUGGUAAGUUGAAGAAGAUGGUCUUGUUCCAUUGAACUUUUCUUUUUUUGUUUUAUUGUUAUCUGGGUAAUCCAGUAACACAUCUGAUGCCAGCCCAUCAGUAAAAAGGUUAAAACUAAUGUUGCUGCCAAUCCCUCCAAAACUCAGCAGUUAUACAUUGCACUGCCAGUCAAGUAUUCACACUGAUCACAAAUGCUCAAGCAGUAUUACCUCAUUAUUGUAACUUUUGAAUAAUUCUCUCUAAGAAGAUCAUUCUGAUUGAUUUAGGUAUGAUUUUUCAAUUUUAUUCUGUGGGAAUGGGGCUUGAUAGGCAUAUGAAAAUAGACAGUUUAGAUGAAUGAUCCACCAAGGGGUUGUCCUAUGUUACAUUAAAAAAAUAUGAUUCUUUCUUGCCUUGAGAUUCACAUGAGAUGUUUUGUGUUCUCAAAAGAGUGAGAUUGGUUUGUGAUUGAUGUAUGGGCCUGUCAGUAAAGGUUUGGUUAAGAAAUAUUAGUUAAAUGCAAUCACCACCAAAAUUUUGAAAUUGCAAAAUUUGUUAAUUUUGCUGUUGAAAAAUUGGAAAAUAUUGGGAUUCAUUCCAGUGCCACCUGACCCCAAUAAAUCCCCCUCUUACCUCCUUUGGAGAUUGAGGAAGAUAAAGGUAUUUUUAAAAUCUGAAAUCAGUAGCUAGUAUCUGUGCAUUACAAAUUAAUGUCCUGAACAUUUUGCUAAAUCCUCUCAUUUAGGAUGGAAAACUCACAGAGGAACAGUUUGCAUCAAAUCUGCAGACAACACUUAACUCUCCCCCUCAACCCAAUCUUGUUGGCUUUUUAAAGGUAAGCUGGUAUCCUUGGUGAAAAGCUUGGUUGCCAAACUGAUGACUAUUACCUAACUUUGUUUCUUUAUGAUCUGAUUUUCAAUUUAUAUCUGAAGAAGUUUCAGCUUGCUUAACUUAGACUUGAUUAAACAAUGCAUUUUUCUCUGCAGAAAACACUUCCAUUGCUACGAGCACAGUCAAGAUCUCAACCAAAUUUACAGCUUUUGCAACAUGUCCCACAAGCAAUAACUCCACAAAAGAUUCUUCCUCAGCAGCAUCCAGUUCAACCAAAAAAUACUAGCCCUGCAAAUUCAACUUCUGCACAGAUACAAAAACAUAACUCCCAUGUGCAAAAAAUCCAAAUUGUUCCACCAGGACAACAGAUGUUAAAGCAAGUCUUUCUGACACCAGCACAACAGGAACUUUUCAGGCAACAACAUCCAAUUACUAAUGCCCAGAGGGUGUUUGUGAAGACUUCAAUAGGUACAACUGCUGGUUCUCAGGUUGUUACUAGUGCAAGGAAUGUGGUUAUGGUGCGUGCACCACCAGGGUCAACAGCAGCUAAAGUUGUACCUUCAACAAAAACACAACCAGUAACGUUAUCAGCUUCAGCAGUUGCUGAUAAAUUGAAGCCUAAAGGUUUCACUGGAAUCAGCAGGUAUGAUACUCUGUAACACACUGAACCUGAAUUAAGGAGACAACCACACGACUCUUGCUAAUGUGUGCAUAAUACAGGGUGUUUGUGCAAUGCAGAAUGUUUGCUUUGGGCAAUACAGGUUUUGGCAAACAGGGCAAUAAUGGUAAAUUGUUGAUUGCUGGGUAAAUACGUGAUAACAAAUAAUAAUUUGCUAGCUUGUAAACAGGACCACAUCUAAUAGUUUUCUUACUGUCAGAAAUAAUCAUCAACCUUGUGAACCUAAUUGCUAAUUUUUGGAAUUGUUUUUUUUUCAACUGGUAAACACAAUCAUCUUACACUGCAAAAGAUUUUAGUUAUUAGGAAAAUUUGUCUUUAGGCUAUAUGCUAAGUGCAUGCUACUUGAAAAAAAAGCAAUGAAUAUUGGUGUCUGCUCCCUUCACUGAAUACAGGUUUCAUUGCACCAUGUGAUUUAAAGAAUUGUUUGUCAUAGCUUUCAAAACAGUCCAAUGAGCCAAAUUAAUAAAUUUGUCCAAUUGUUUCACUUUGAGUUAGUUCUUCAGAACUGUUUACAUAAAGGUUCAAUUAAAGAAUAAACUAGUAUGCUGCGCUUUGAUUUCAGUCAGGUACACAUAAACUGUGCGGCGUUGUUUCAAAUAAUGCAGUGCUUGUUCACAAAAUGGUUGGAACAUGUUGACUGAAGUUUUGUUUUGGGUUUCACAUUUGCAGUAGUGGUGAUGAUGACAUAAAUGAUGUUACCUCAAUGGCUGGCGUUAAUUUAAUGGUGAGUAUUUCAUAUUUCAACCCAGUGUAUGGGGGUUGAACAAUAUAUGGUUACUGUUUGCUGGUAUAAACAUAGCUUGCUGGAAGGUAUGUAACAUUGAAAAUACAUGUAUUAAGUUUCUUUCCUUUUUUUUCUCUCAACAGGAAGAGAGUCAGCGGAUUUUAGCAAUAAACUCAGACUUACUCAGCUCUCAAACAAGAAGCUGUAAAGAUGAACCUUUUUUAAAUAUUUCACCCUUUCAGAAAAGACUAGAGGCACUAGGUCAGUCUAAGGAAAGGCUUAUUUUUGUUUAUUUACAUUUGGUUGCAGUCCUUUGUCAAAGAGACAAAUAUUUUUAUUGUAGAAUGACAUUUGGCUGUGUUGCCAAAUAGAAAUUCCUUCCUGUAGUGUACAUGUACUGUAUAUGUGCUGGUUAGAUUUUAAGAUUACCUCAAAAGUUCUUUGCCCAUUAAUUUCUUGAGACCUUGAUAUUAACAAAAAACAGUCAAAAACAAAACAAAGAAAGAAACCAGGAAAAAGAUCCUAGAGUAUGUUGUUGUGUCUCUUCUGACAACUAAUGAGGCUUUGAGGCAUUUACUAGGGAUGAAGGCAUUUAUCUCUUUAAAACGUCAUGUUUGGUUUUGAUUUGGGGGACAAAUGGUCUGUCUUGGUGAAUAUAAAAUGAAAAUAGUCUGAGAGCAAAGUUUUCUCCAUCUACAACUAGUUCCUCUGUUGCAUAAGCUAUAGGAAGGGGUGUUAUUUUAUUGAAGAGGCACAAACUUUGUCAUGUGUGCAAACCUUAAGAUUUCCAGAUGUAAAAAGCAGGAAAAGACAGCAAUCUCCAUCAUUCCUGCCCACUCUCUUCUCACAAUUAUUUCAGUAAAGUUAACGAGAAAUUAUCUUUUCAUGUUGUCGUUUGGUAGAAAAUGGUUUAAUACUAAGUUUCCAAUGAGGCCUUAAACUACUGUAAAAAAACAACAACAAAAACAGUUAAAGACAAAUCUCCGAGAUCAUCGCAGAAUCAUCAGGGAUAAUGUUGUGGAUCAGCAAAAGCUCCGAGAUGUGUUUUCAAAUUUUUUUGUUAAUAUUAUUUUUAGAGUAGUUUAAGGCCUCACUGGAAACUGUUAUAACAUUAAGUGAAAAUCCUUUAAAUCAUUUUUGAUGUGUGCUUCACAGCAAGGAAACAUGGAGUUUCAGAUGUAUCGCAAGAUGUUUUGAACUUAGUCUCUCAUGCAACACAAGAGCGACUCCGUAACAUUUUGGAAAAAGUGUCAACAAUAAGUUUACACCGACUGGAAGUCUACCGGGUUUGUAAAACUUUCCUAUUUGCUGUUAACAAGCUUUUUUCUCAUCGGAAACCUUUUUCUCAAUUUCUUACCAUUUUUUACUCAAAGUUUCCUUUUUUUCCCUUUACUUUUCUGAUUUUAUUUCAUUUUAUUUUUCGGAAAUACAUGAACGCCCCACUAAGCUCCCGAAAAGAUCUGGGGAAGGGGGGUCGAAACAAAAACUGAUACAGCCUUAAAAAAGGUUUUAGUUAACUGUUAGUUUAGAGGGUUUGAUUUAGUGGAAGCAGAGAGAGGUCAAGAUUGAGGAGGGCUUAUUAGCAAGUUUAUGGUGAAAUGGAAUUAGAUAAUGAAUCGCAAUUGGUGAAAAUUGCGAUUCCAUACUUUGCCCCAUACAUGCGACUAUGAAAUUGUGUCAUUUGAAUUGUUCACUUAAUUAAAUUGUUACAGAAACAACACCUAUAAUGAUGCAUGUUAACAUAGUGCAAGCUCUGUUGCGUUGAGAAACUUCAAGUGAACUGUGGAAGCCAGCGAAAGUUUGUUAUUUUUUAUUUUUCAGGAUGACCCCAUGUAUGAAGUAGGACUGGACAUAAAGUCUCAGCUGCGAGUCUUCGAGCAAAUUGAUGAGGUGGAGAGAAGGAAACGUGACGCGAGAGAAAGGGAUAUUCUGAUGCGGGCAGUGAAGGUAAGAAACUUUCAAUCAAUUAGUACUUGUAUUUGUGGCUUGCGAUUUUAUGAUAGUGAGAACUUAUCUCAGCCGCUCUUGUUCUCAAGAAUCGCUCACUCGAUGCAAGAUCCCAAAGAUCCUCGAAGAUUUACCUGUCAAAAGGUAAACAAGGGCCGCGGAUCUGUCGGCUGUAGAAUGACUAACUAAAAGAAAAUUUAAUUUUCUUAUCAGAGUCGGUCAAAACAAGAAGAUCCCGAGCAGGCGAGACUCAAAGAGAAAGCCAAACAGGUACCAACACUUCACAUUUUCUCGCUGUUGGUUAUAUUUCAAAUGAACUUAAGUGACCUUGAAUCGUUUCCUCUCCUUAAGCUUCAACAAGAGGAGGAAGAGGUGAUCCGGAAACGUGCAGCAAACUCAACGGCGCUGGCAGCCAUUGGACCAAGGAAAAAACGAAAACUUGAUGAAGCACUGGAAGGAUCAUCUACUUCGACAGUAGUAAGUAUAAAAAGCACUUCAAUCAAGGAGAAUUUUGCGGACGGACUGUAUCGUACUUUAGUCUUAAAUGAUCUCGUGACAAACAAUCACACUGGUUUGAUGUACACUAUUUUAUUCUCCUACUCUCCAGAAACUCCGAUCUCACAACCAAUCAACCCAAAUCAUAUUUCUGUACUUCCGUCACGAACCUAUCAACAAAUUCAGUGUAACGCUUAGUUCACGACACUUUUACUACCGAGAAAUAGGAGUCCAAGUGUACAGCUGUUUCAUCAAAGAAGAAUCAGACAUUGUCUUUUCGUUGAUUGUUACAUUUAAUGAAACUAUUUGUUUUAAUCGCGGCAAGUUUUUUUUUCUCGUCUGUUUUUAGGGAUCCCCGUCGUCGUCUUCGCCAUCAUCUUCCAGUUUGCUGGGAAAUCAAAAAGAUGUACGACAGCAGGUAGGACGGAAGUGUACUUAUAAAUGGAUAACACGAGUUAACAGACAAAAAACACUCAGACUGUAGUCAUCAACUAAUCGCGCUGAGUCUUGACAUAUAGCCUCUAUUUGGCUCGAAAAUUUGCACGGACAUUUGUCCGCAGAUAUUAUAUCUUUCAAGACGCAAACAGUUUUCCGAGAGCGAAGCUCGAGGAAAACAUUGAGUGUCGAGUAGCAGAUAAUAUCCAAGGACAAAUAUACGAGAGGCAAGAGGCUAUUGUGUUUAGUAUCCUUCAAAUAUUUUGUAACGCGCGUAAAAAAAUGUUUACGAACAGCCUACUAUUUGCUGCAUGGGAUGUUUUCUUUUGAAUGUUCUCUGAUACGAAUGUGAUCAAAAAAAUAUUUCCUUUCUUCUGCAACAACCAUUUAACGCUCUCUCAUCUCUAAUUGAAUUUUAAACGAAGACUUAUCGUUGUGGUUUCAUAAACCGACAUGAUGUGAAAAAAAAACAAUAAAAUAAAAAACAAACAGGAGCUAAGAAGUUGAGUUUCUGUAUAUUUAUAUCUAAAGUUGUUAGGCAAUAUUACGUGAACUUCCGUAAAAUAAAAGUGAAAUGUUAAUUCCUUAACUUUUGAAUGAUGCGUUGUCGUGUUCUCAACUUUUCGAUUCCGCGCCAUACACACCCUGAUGAUUUGCUUUCUGGUUAAUAUUUACUCCUACUUUCCUAUUUCUUAGGUUCCUCGACAAAGGAUGCGCAGAGUGCUUCUCAAGGAUCUUAUAUAUGUUAUGGAACAAGAAAAAGAAACAACCAAAUCGUUAUUACUAUAUAAGGCGUUACUAAAAUAG